AUGACAGGCUUACAUAUUCCAGGUAUCCCUACUCGGCCAAACAGUCAGGCCGCAAGGAAGCACAAUGGACCAGUCUUUAAGACCAUCCCCAAGCGCCUAACCUACAGAGAGGUAGGCAUACCGCACUCAUUCUCGUCCUCUGCUGGUUCUUCUGCUUCCUCUUCCUCUUCCUCUUCCUCUUCCACUUAUCCUCGUUGUUGCUCUUAUACCUCUUCUUCUAUUGAGUCUGUUCCUCGUCCUGCUGCUGCCGUCCCUCGUUCUUCGACAAGUCGUUCCACUCGCCCUUCCCCUCGUGUUGUUUCCCGUUCCCGUCCUCAAUCUGGUGAGGUUUCCCGCCCUUGUGCGCCUAUCCCUCCUUCUCGCUUCUCCACUCUUUCGAAUGCUCAGCGCCUUUUGUCGCCUCGCUCCUCCGGGUCGAUUUCGACCACUUUUCCUCACGCUGGCCUCCUUGUUAUUCCCCGCACCCGUCCCCGAGCAGGGGAUGGGGCCAUGCCCUCUUCUCGAUAUUCCACCCGUUCUUCCCCUCCUCCCCGCCCUUCUGGUCCUAUCCCCUGGUCCCGAGGCCCCCUUCUUUCAACCCACCAAUCCCUCCGCCGCUCCGUCGGUUCUCCUCCUUCUAGCCGCUAUUUAGCUCCGGUCAUUUCUCCUACAGAUUCCACUCUCUCAAAACGCCGGCACCUUUAUGUUUCCAUUCGUUCAUCUAGGACGACUUCUAGCAAUUCCACUCGUUCUGAUUCAUUCCCCUCCGCUCGUUGUUUUAUAUCCGCUGCUCUCAAAGCAGCUAUCUCACGCUCCUCACCAGAUCCCCAAGCCCCUCCUGUUUCUGUUUCUGUCUCUGCUGGUUCAUCUUCCACUGCUUCCACGCGUUCUGGUCCGCUCCUUUCUUCUCCUCCUAUCCCGACUGUUCGCUUUGGCCACCCAGGGAAUCGUCUUGCUGCCGCCCCCGAAGUCGCUCGCCGCCGUCAACACGCGCAGCUGUGUUCUAACAGUUCGAGUGCUUCGAUACCUGUUUCUUCUAGCCAUGGAUCCAAAGAUAGAAGUGCCCGAACUCGUGCCUAUUCUCGGCAAAACGCUAAGUCGUCUAGAUCAGUCAAGUUCGGAGGUUCCACGGUGCACGAAGUCAAUCGAUGGAUUCACCCAGGGCUACAUAGUCAGCGAGAUCCCCCGACGGUCGUCGGCAAAUUGGUAGGCUGGUCUGUCACUCCCCUGGAAAAACCGGAGGACGACGAAUGCUCUAAGUAUACGACUUAUAAGCCAACUCACUCACACUCAUUCACCUGGAACCCCAUGUGGACGCUCUUUUUGCUCCUGGAACGCCCUCGCUGA